CAGUCUUUGGAUGGAAUUAUCGUCUCUGCUAACUGUAAACUACGGAAGAUCUUCACUUUAAAAUCAAAGCCCCGAGAAACUGCUGAUAAAGAUGACCAGUUCAUCAACAAAGCAGGAGGCAGUAUCCGGAACAGUAAAAGUCAAGAUGUCUGCCAUAUUGCCUUCGGGUCCAGAGUCCUUGGACCGCCUCCACCCUCUGGCAGACGGAAUAACUUGAGGCUCUCCAGUGAGACAGUAAGAUCUGUUGGGUACAAAAAUAGCCAGUUGUGCCAGCAAUCUUCAAUAGAGAAGCAUGUUAAUACUGCACAAGUGUCAGGCUUGCUGAUACCUGAGUCUGAGCAGCAAGGAGAGAAAGGACAUGAUCACCAAGUGAAACAGGCCAUGCCUACUUCUGGUCAGAGAAACAACAGGAGAACUCACUUGAAGAACACCAGCGGAGAAAAGACAGAGGCACACUGUGGCAGUGCCUCAGGAAAUAACUGGAAUGAAGAGGAAGGAGCCACCACCCUGAACAGCAUCACUCAGCCAUUGACAGAGCCAGUGAACUCCAGCACUCCAGAACCCCAGACUCCUGACCAACCAGAUGAGUGGAUAUUCCCUGAAAGUGCUGCUCUGACUUCUGACCCAUCAUGUGCCAGUCAGUCUGUACUCCUAGAGGGGGACUCCUGCAUGGAUUCACACCUGUGCCUAGAAACCAGCAAGGACAGUGAACCUGACCAGGCAGAGGAAAGCCAGAUGACUCCCGAGGACGUUUUCACCUUUUCAUCUAGACCAAGAUCGGCACCUCAUGGGAAGAAUCAUGAUAUGUCCCCAAAGGGGCACCCAUUUAUUCUGAACCCCAAAGAAGACAACGGUCUGACAAGGAGAGAUGCCCAUUUGGAAGAUGAUUUUUAUGGUACUGACAGCAGCGAAGAGGAAUACAACUGGAGGAACUAUCAGCCCAGCCAGAUGAGUGAAUGUGAGCUACAGAUGCUAGCAAGCCUCCGACGGCAGCAGAAUGAGGACCUGGAAGACACUGGGGAUCCUCAUGGCCUGAGUGCAUCCCAAGUGGACAACUGUAAUGUUAGCAUCAGUACCAGCAGUGAUGACACAACUACGUGGAACUCUUGUCUGCCACCUCCUGUCAACCAGGGUCAUCACUAUCAAACAGAAAUGAAUCCAUCUUCUCCAUUGAACCCUCGAGACUGGUUGACCAUGCUGAGCCCACCAAUUGUCCCUCCCAGUCAGCAGCCAGCAGAGCAGCCUCUAGAGUCUUCUGCAAGUGCAAGUGUGCAAGGUGAAGAGGACCCGAGUGCAGAGGAAGACGAGGAAGUGCUGACUCUGUUGUAUGACCCAUGUCUCAACUGCUACUUUGACCCUCAGACUGGGAAAUACUACGAGUUGGUGUAGCUCCCGCCCCCAUGGCAGAAAGUAGCCACAGUAGAUGGAACAUGACAACAGCGUGACAACCACAGUGGGCACUCUGACCUGUGUGUUGUGCAGGUGGGCCCAAAGAGUCAAAAGGAUUGGAGAGAAGUGCUUUGUGAAUGACAUUCAAUGUUAAGAAUGCCUGCAUUCUCUUUGUAGCUGUGUGUGUGGUUUUGAAACUUGUGAAGGAAUUAAAUCAGACAACAGAUUUUAGGUCCUGAAUUUGCUUAGUUGUUCAGUCCCAUCAUCUAAGUCUCAUUAUGUUAUAUAAGCAAAAUGAAGAUUUUUCCAGUGUUAAUCUGAAACAAAUGAUGGCUUGAUACACUACAUAAAGUGUAUUCUUGUUUAAAAGAUGUCUGAAACAUUUUAUAGCUUGUUUAUAUUAAAAAAUAAAGUAUAGUGGUCAAAAGACCACUUCCUUUUUUUCCUC